AUGGCAGACGCACCCAAGCAGCCCGAGAGCUCUAGCGCAUCUGGGGACAGCCACGGAAUGACCAAAGAGACGGUCGAGGCAUUCAUGACUAGAGUCAAGGAGAUUUACGAUCCCAAGGAGGAGGCCAUGGAGGAGACUUUCAAGCCCGAGAAGGAGGUCACGGAGGAGACUUUCAAGUCCGAGAAGGAGGCCAUUAGCCUACAUGAGGAGGACUUGCGGCUGCUGCUACCUACACGAGUCUUCAAAUACCCAAGUUGGUAUCUACUAGUUGUUACCACCUCUACCUUUGCCAACUAUCGAGAUAAAUUUGGAACAUGGGUUGUUGAGAGAGCCACACUCAAGGGGCUGAGCAUCGACGUCAAGAAGUCAUCCAGCCUCGACGCAAAGUAG